AUGGGUCAACAAAUUGAGGAUACCGUAUCACGCUGUACCGCCUGCCAGACAGCGAGGAAAUCCCAACCGGCUGAACCUAUGAUACCACAUGACAUUCCAGACCUCCCGUGGAGUAAAGUCGCAACUGAUAUGUUUGAAUAUCGGAGCAAGGAAUAUUUGCUGACUGUGGAUUACUUCUCCAAGUUUCCGGAAGUGUGCAUUCUUCCCACGCUGACAAGCCAGUCUGUUAUUACGGCUCUCAAAGCAUCGUUCAGCAGAUUUGGCAUCCCUAAUGACGUCAUCAGCGAUAAUGGGCCUCAAUUUUCAAGCCGCGAGUUCUCCGAUUUCUCCAAGGCCUGGGGAUUCCGCCAUACCACCAGCAGCCCUGGUUACCCCCAGUCUAAUGGACAGGUUGAACGCGCUAUUCAGUCAAUAAAGGACAUCUUCAAGAAAUGCGAACAAUCAUGCGAUGAUCCCAGCAUAGCGUUACUUAAUUUCCGCAACACACCACUCGACGGGGUUGGACAAUCUCCGGCGCAACUGUUAAUGUCACGCCGAUUGAAUUCGAAAUUGCCAAUUCUCCCCAAUCUCUUGAAACCAAAAGUGGUAGAUAACGCUCAUGAGAAGCUCACAGACCGUCAAAACCGCCAGAAACAGUAUUAUGACAAGCGUGUUAGUAAUAGCACAAAUGCUGACAUCCAUCCUGGAGAUGCAGUUCGUUUCAGGACCUUGAGAGGACAGUGGAAAUAUGGGACGGUGCAAGACAAACUGCCUGAUGUGCCGAGGAGCUAUAACAUUCAAACCCCCGAGGGUAAAUCGUUCAGACGUAACCGCCGUCACAUGUUUCAAACCCGCGAAAAUAACAUUCCCAACGAAGGGACUCGCCCACGUGUAAUGUAUACGUCUGGGGACCCGCCUCAUGCGCCUGCGAAUGAUCACACUGAUGUCAACGUGGCCCCACAGGCUGCAGUUGCUGAGCCCAUUCCAACCAUAAACAACACCCCGGGAUAUGUUACAAGGAGUGGGCGAACAAGCAAGCCACCUGAUAAACUAGAUCUCUAG